AUGGCAGAUCCUCGUAGUCCGUAUAAUGGCGGAGACGUCGAAGCAGAUGGUGGCAGUAAUAAACACCUGGAGAGCACGUCCACGCAAGUCACCACGCUUCAAAAAGCCCUGGACACAAUUCAAGACUUCUCCAAACAGACGGGGUUACAACUCUCAACCGAAAAAACAAAUUACGUCGCCAUAUCCAACGCCAGAGGGCGAGAUGAAAAAGUUGGAGACAAGAUCAAGCUCCUCGUCAAUGGCCAGCAAAUUAAAUCUCAAACCUCAAUUAAGAUACUCGGUAUCGUGAUUGACGAAAACGGAAAGGCGGGAAGCUGGUACCAGCAAAUCAAAAGUCAGUGGAAGCAGGCACUCAAUAUGAUCAAACACACCACCGGCAAAGCGUGCACCAAGGUGGAAGCGCUUUACGAGAUCGGAGGACUCAACACGAUCGAAGAAAUAGCACAAGAAAACAAAAUCAGUCAAAACUUGAGGCUUGAAAAAACUGAACCAGGAAGAAAGAUCCUGAGAGCUCUUGGUUACAACAACGAGGUCUACCAAGUUUUUACGAAACCUCCUCCACCAUGGGAAGACGAGAUAGUUAUUGAUACAAGACCGACCCCGCAAAAUCAAGGAAAAACACAAGUUAAAAGAAGAAAUAGCGCUGCCAGGAAACACGACACCGAGGUACAAUCACUUCUUGAAGAUGACACUAACGUCAUUAUUUACACGGACGCAGCCAAGGAGGACAAAUGCACAGCUAUGGCUCAUUAUUGCGCAAACGACCAGAGAAGAGUCGCCGCCUCCCUGGGCAUUACCACCAGCGUCAAGGAGGCUGAACUUCAAGCCAUCAAGACGGCGGUCGAAAGUGCAGAACAAGAAAAACAUAAAAGCAACAUUUAUGUCUUUACGGACUCUAAAGAAGCCGUACGAGAAUUGAAAAAACAUGAUAGCCGCAGCAAAACGGUUAAAAGCAUUAAGGCUACGGCCCGACAGCUUCGAGCUGAAGGCCGUACCAUCAAGAUACGAUGGAUCCCCGGACAUCAAGGUAUCCACGGAAACGACGAGGCACAUGCAGCCGCACGGGAGCAGCUACAGGCAGUCCCACCCGGCCAAGGCUCAGUGCACCCCGUCGUAGAUGAAGACAUCGAAGACGACGUCGACCCGUCGGAAAUCAAAGCACAAGAACGGCUAGAAAGAAGACAAAGACUCGCCGAUCUACGCAGGCCAGACGAACACCCCCUUCCAUCGACAUCUUACAGUCGGUGGGAGCGUGUAUGCCUACGAAGGUUGCGUACAGGA